AUGAAUUUUGAGAAGUUUCGCCGUACAGGCGAAUUAUCUGACAUUACAGUGAUCGUAGAUAAAACUGAAUUUAAAUUACAUACGUUUCCAUUAUUUACCAAGAGUGAUUAUUUCAAAAAAGCAGUAGAAUCAUCAUCGAAGUCUGUUCCAUAUGUUGUUCGACUUGACAAUAAUUUUCCAGGUGGUGCUCAAGUUUUCAAUCAACUAGCGGAUUAUUUCUAUUCAAUCCCAAUAGCAAUUGAUCAUAAAAAUAUUAUUCCACUUCGUUCAGCCGCAUGUUUUAUUCGAUGUGAUGCAUUAGCUACAUUACUGGAUGAACGUUUUGAUAGAAUCCUUUUAGUUGCACGAGCCAAAUACGAUUUGGGUAUUCCAUUAGUAUUACUCGAACAAUGCGUCGGUGAAUAUCAACAAUGGGCUAAAGAAGCUCAUAUUGUCGAUAGAUGUCUUGCAUCGAUUUUCGAGUCAUUAACGCGUGUAGCUGGCUCACAAUUAAGUAAAUCUGAUCUCGAACUAAUUGUACGUUUACCACUUGAAUGGAUUAUUCAAUUGAUUAAGUUAUGUCCAACAGAAAACAAGCUUGCUAUGCUUCCAUUUGCUAAACAUUAUGUAACAGUGCAUGUACUCGAUAAAAAUAAAUUUUAUAAUUCUGCUUCAUCGUCAGCCGACAAUGAAAAUGAACAUAAAAACACGUUUAGACCUAUAACAAAAAAAGAAGAUUUGCCAAUAACGACUGACGAUGAAAAACGAGCAAUACUUGACCAAGUUAUUAAAACAUUGGGAAACACAGUUGAUCAUUUACCACUUGUAUGGCUCAAUGCUGCUUAUGAAAAAGCAGCUGAAUUAAAAUGUGAAUGUGAAUCAAUAUUAUCAGCGUAUAUUACACAGGCGAUUCUUAACUCAAAUGAUCUUGACAAACAUAUGGAGAAUAUUCCAGAUGACGUUAUGGCAAGAUUAUUAGAACGUGUUAGCAAAUAUAAAGAAGAACAUAUUAAAGAUCCUAAAUUAUUAUCAAAACUAUCUUUAUUCGUCGAUUCAUAUGUUGAACAACUUCGUCAACGUGGUACACUUACAAGUGAAAAUUUUGUCAAAUUAGCUUCAUGUGUACCAAAAGAACAGCGAAAUUCACAUGAUAGUCUUUUACUUGCACUUGAUGAUAUUCUUAAAAAUGAAAAAUCAACCAAAUUGACGAAUGAUGAACGAGAAGAACUACUCAGUCAAAUUGACUUUUCACGUGUUAGUGAAGAAACAAUCGCUGCAUGCAAAAGUAAUAAACUUAUACCACAACAAUUAAUUACCGAGGCGGCACUCGCUCUUUGUACUAAAUUGAAAAAUGAACUAGAAGAAACCCGAGUUCGUUUACAUGUAGCUGAAAAUGAAUUAGCAAAGUCACGACCGGCAUAUACUAUGUUUAAAUAUCGAACGCGUUAUUAUGAAUCAACAUUGCCUGUUGCAACUCGUGCUCAUAGUAAAUAUAUAAAUAGUUAUGAUUUGCCUCUGACUAAUUCGACUUACAGCUACUCAAAAUAUGAUGAUGAUAAUGAUUUUGAUAGUAUUUUACCCUCAAGAUAUCUUACAUCAUCUUCAGGUAGCCGAUAUGGUACUUAUUCUAUAUAUCGUCAUUGA